UUUAUACAGCGACUUCCUGUACUCCGACUAAAAACAAGGAGGUGUGUUCAUCACGACUGUGAACGAUUGAUGUUAAAACAGCUGUUAGUCUGGUAUUUUUAUUUAUUUAUUUAUUUAUUUAUUUUUUAAAGAUCCUACUACUGUUAGCUGUGGGUGGUCAAAACUAUUGACGCAUUGCAGGGGGUUAACAUGUCAAAUAGCUGAGGUAAAGUUGACUGCAAGAUGCAGUUCAUAACAGCAAAUAUUCUCAGAUAUAACAUUGAACAGAGGACACUAAAUCGGCUAUUAAAGUCUGGUUUGUUGUGGAAUUGUAUUAUGAUUGUAACAAAUAGUACCAGGCAAGUAACACAGGCAACAGUUGUUUUACUUCCUGCUGGGAAUUAUACAGUAUCUACACUGGUGUAGGUCCAAAAAGAGGUGCUGUCGUGCCGAAUUUUUACUAUUGCGGAAUUUUGCCAGACUUUGAGAUAUGCGCAUGUGUGAGUGUUUAGUUGAAGUUUGUCUGUGUGAUUACUUAAGCUAUUAAUGCAUUCAUCGGCGUGGUUUACCGUGAUCUUUCGGUAUUCCAAAGUAAGUGUGCAUUUAAUUCCGCACGACAGGACAUCGUCAGAAUGUGGUGCGCGUACCAAAACGUGACCAGUGACAGUGUAAGGUCCGAAAAUUGUACGUUUGUUUGCCAGUUUAUGUACCUUUAUUCAAUACACUGACAGCGGUAUAGCCUACAGUACAAUGUUAAGCAAGAAACUAUUGAAUAGGCUACUGAUGUGUAAAGGCUUUAAAUGUAUGCAUUUCUGAAUCAUUAGUUGUGUUCAUAAGACGCUACAGACCUUAACAUUGCUUAAAUAUGCAGAUUUAAGUUCGUGGAAUGUACAUUAUUUGCAGAUGUGUACAUGUGAUUGUGUUCCCUCAUUUAAACGGAUGGAUAUAAUAUAUAUUUAUUGUGAACGAGGUGUAUAUGCAUGCUGCAUGUGUGUACUGUGUACUCAACAUUGGAUCUGGUAUGUUGGUUAUUAUAGCUAGAUAUAAAGUUUGGAGAUAAAGUAGUGUUUGUAGUAUAUGUACCUCUUUAUAUGGCAAUGUUAACAUGUAAAUGUAAGCUACGUUAAUAUGUACAGUUGACCCUGGCUCUAAUGGUAUAAGAGUGCCAUUUGUUUUUCAUCAGGGAAGGCUAGUGGGCAUAUUACCCAACUUCCUUCACGUGAGAUUGUCAUUAACGUGACUGAGGUGAGUCAUCAAAAUUUGACAUCAAAUUACCCUCGUUCUUGACCUUUUCAGGACCCUUCACUUUGAAGCCUAAUCAACAUGUUGACUUCAUCCAAAAUACCAAAACACUACGAAAACACCUGUAUAAUAUUUCCAUUACACACAUUCAUAACAUACACCAUAAACCCAGGCAGUAUCAGUUGUGAAGAUUAUUGUGAUUGUUAGAGUAUAGGACUACUACUGAUGCAUGUAAUGCGUAGCAAAAAAGGAAAAUAAACCGCAUAUUAAAACGUUUGCACAACUACAGUGUACUGUACUGCAUCCCUAUGAUUAAAAAAAAAACAAAAACAACAACAACAAAAAAACUGUGGACUCUACUUGGAGAAUAGCUGGGAACUUCGCUGCUGCGUCAGUUUGUAAGAAACAUGCGAAUGGAGUCUCCUCAUCGAAAUAAAAAACACAUGUCACAAAUAGACAAAAUGUAAUUAUCGUUAUUUAAAAUAAAAAAAUAAAUACAAAAAUAGUAAUAUUUUCGGCAAAUCUUUAGUUUGUUCGUCGCCCCCCCCCCCCUCCGUCCCCAUUUGACUUUUGUUUAAGCAACGUUUGGUUCAGUACACUUUGAGCGUUUGUAAAAUGCAGUUAUUUUUCAGUAUAAGUCGUCAAAUAAAUAAACAAUAAAACUAUAAACACCUUUUGUUGAUACCUUCCAAGCCAUGCAUGGACGAUGGGUACAACAGGCAAGAGAAAUGGCAUUUAUUAACUAGAUAACACAUUUUAGUUUAGCACCAUACCUUUAAAACCUAUUGCACUUAAAAUACACAUUUUUAUGAUAACAAAAUAAUAAUUUAAAAAGUUAUGUUGACACCUUUAAAAUUAGCUCUCCAGCCAUACAAGGCUGUGAUUAAGGGUACAUUGAUUCAGAAGUGCUGUGACUGACGGCUGCACAAAUCGCUACCAACAAGGCAAACAGUUAUUCACCCACAACAUGGUAUAAGUUUAAAUUUUAGAUUACCCAAUUCGUUGCUCAUCAGUUAGUCAAAUAAAUUUGCUGAAUUGUGAAAAAAAAAGUAUAUAUAUUAAAAAGAGCUUUAGUGGCCAAAAUUAUUAUUUUCUUUAUUCACUAUUAACCCUAAGCUAUCAUUUUCAUAACUUUUUACAGGGACAGUUAUUACUGUUUGAUGAAAAGCAGAGACAACCCCUGCAUUGCGCACAUCACAAUAAACCAAUACUUGCAACAGGUACUUGAGGCCAUUGAUACAAGGGAUGGAACUUUCUGUGCAGAGUUGCUGUCAUUCAAGCACCCCCAGGUGGCAAACCCAAGGUUACAGGUGUACAUACGCAGUGUCAAAUCAUGACUUUGCAGACGCAUACAAAUGCCAAACUGUUGUGAUUCAAUCAUUUUAAAGGCUUUCCAAGCUCACAAAGAAGAAAAUUGGGCAUUGCCAAUGAUGUAUUCUGUAGCCCUAGAUCUUCGGAUUUUUGCCAAUAAUGCAAAACAACAGCUGUCCAGAAAGGGCAAGGGCAAAGUUGGAGACAUGCUUGAAAAGGCAGCUGAACAAUUGAUGAGCUGCUUCAGAAUCUGUGCCAGUGACAAGGCUAUUGACAGCUCGAACCUGAAGGAUGAAUACAGCAUGGCACAGAGGGUGACCUAUAAAUACUAUGUGGGCAGGAAAGCAAUGUUUGACAGCGAUUUCAAACAAGCGGAGGAGUACCUGUCCUUUUCCUUUCAACACUGUCACAGAUCCAGUCGGAAGAACAAGCGGAUGAUUCUCAUUUAUCUUUUGCCUGUGAAAAUGCUUCUGGCGAGUAGAAAAGAUGAAACCAUUCAAGUGAAGGAAAUCUGUUGCUCCUGAAUGAUGCCCUGGCAAAACACGAGGCCUUCUUCAUUCGCUGUGGCAUCUUUCUCAUUCUCGAGAA